AUGCCCGCCGACACCAUCAACGACGAUUCAUUCUAUCUUUAUGACCUCAAGGUCGAGGUAGUGUGUCCCCCGGGGAAGAGAAUCCUAUGCGGCGCGAAGCCAGGCGAUCACUUCACGCUUCAGGGCGAGAUGCUUCACCUCCCUCCAGGGCAAGGCAUUAGCAUAUACAGUCUAGGUAUCCGCUGUACUCCCUCUCCUUGCCGCCAAGCAGAGAAUGACCGCCGCCAACGACUGGAUGACCACGGAUGCCCUAAUCGCAUGUCCAGAUCCAAACUGUCCGUCACAGCUGAGAAUCACCCGGGGGGAGGCUAG